AUGGAUGUUAAUCCUACUUCUUUUAUGUUGCCAACAACAACGACAACAGCAUCUGAAAAUCAUACAAAAGAACUUUUAGAUGAAGCAUUAGAUAGUGUAAAAAGUGUUUUAAUGCAAACAUUUAGGAAAAAUUUAGAAGCGGGCGGUGAUCUCAAUGCUUUAAAAAGUACUUUAGGUUCAGAUGAAGUAGCCGAAGUAUUUCUAUCAAAAUUAAGAGAAUCACUCAAACGUGAAACAAUAUCAACAAUAGAGAAUGAACAAAAAUCACAAGAACAUCAAAAUACGAAUACAGAAAUUCGUUCAUGUCAAACAACUUCUCUAUCUACUCCUUUAAAUACAAUCAUUUCACCAAUAAUGAAUGUUGUUUCACCUUCACCAUCAUCAUCACCUCUUCCAUCAAUGUCAACAAUAAUUACGAAAAAUACUUCACCAUCAACGUCAAUACCUUCAUCACCUCAACCACCAACAACAGUUAAUAAUAAACGUAAAUCUUCCAAUCCAACAACAAAUCCAAAUCGUUUUGAUGGUACAACAGAAGAAGAAUUAUCAAAACGUUUACUUUCAGAUAUUCUUCAACCUAAUCUUGAUAUUGUUUUUGUCGGUAUUAAUCCAAGUCUUUAUGCUGUACAUAAAGGACACCAUUAUGGUGGACCAGGGAAUCAUUUCUGGAAAUUACUUCAUAUGUCUGAUUUAAUUCCAAAUGCAUCUACUGCUGAUAACGAUUUUCGUAUGCCACAAUAUGGAAUUGGUUUUACAAAUAUUGUACAACGACCAACUAAAGCUGGAUCAGAUAUUACUAAAGAUGAAGUGACUGCUGGAGCUGAAGUAUUAAUGCAAAAAAUUAAAAUGUAUCGACCAAAAAUUGUUGCAUUUAAUGGACGAGGCAUUUAUGAAGUCUAUGCAGGUAAUAAACAUUUUCACUAUGGUAAACAACCUGAUUUAUUUCCUGGAACAGAUACGCAUGUUUUUGUAAUGCCAUCAUCAAGUGCUCGAUGUUCACAAUUACCACGUGCUGAAGAUAAACUUCCAUUUUAUGUUGGAUUAAGAAAAUUACGUGAUUUUUUAAAUGGUACAUUACAUUCAUUAAAUGAAGCUGAAAUAACAUUUCCAGAUAUAAAAAUAAAAGAUACAGAUGAUAUUUUACAAAAAACAAUUAUACGUAUAAGUAAUAAACCAUUUUCAGAACUUUCACCUGAAGCACUUAAAACAUUUGGUGAUAAAAUUCCAUCUGGACAAAUGACAUCAAAAUAUAACUUAGAUACAGAAACAACUCAAACAAUGUCUAUUUUACAUAAUCAACAAAAUGGAAAUUUACUUAACUAUGAUCAACAAACAUCAUCAACAAAUGGAAUUAAUUCAUCAAAAGCAUCAUUUAUAGAAAAUACAUCUUCGACUACACCAAUAACUAUGAAUGAUACAGAUCAAGCUGUACUUGCUGCAUUAGCUAAUGGUGCAUAUGGUUCAUCAUCUCAAUCACGACAACCUCAAACAAUUUAUGUUGGUAGACAACAACAGUCAGCGUCUUAUUCAGGUUCGUCAGUGAAGAAUACUUCCACAGGUAUAAAUUCUCGUUCAUCAACUCCACCAUCCACAUCACAUACUAUUCAUCAUUUACCACAAUUAUCUUCUACUGAUCAUCAAACUUCAUCGAUAAAUUCUUCUUCGAUUCCAUUAUUAUCAUCGAGUUCUCAGACUGUUUCUCAUCAAAUAGUUGUUAUUAAUCCUAAGGAACGAUCAUCUUCAAAUAAUUCAAUACUUAGUUCGUCUUCACUAAAAGAUUUACUAUCUAGUCAACAACCAAUACAAAAACAAACAUUUAUUAUUCCAGCAAAUCCAUCUACUGUACAAAAUUCAUCAACAAUAAAUAAUAAUCUUUCGAAAACAUCAAUGACAACAAAUAAACUUUUAAAUAAUACAAACGAUGAUUAUCUAUAUCUUCGCUACGAACGUGAAUUACCUUCAACACAAAAUUCAUAUCAUUUUUCUUAUAUUAUUGAUGAAUAUUCAUCAUCAACGCAUAAACAUGUACGAUAUGUUUCAAUAAAUGAUUUAUAA